GCACGGGCCUCCUUGGUAUCCGUCCCGUCGUUUUCAUUGGUCACAAUCCUUUUUCCUCGCGCCUCAACGUGACAUCACAUCCACCCGACCCGCAGGAGAGCGAACCCGAGAUUCCAGAUGAUGCUGGACAUCUCAGAGGACGCGCACGCUUCGCUUCACGCGUAAAUCACUCCGUAGCGCAUUUUUUUUUAGCGCGUAUAAGAAACGAAAUAGAAAGGUGAGCGGCGCUUGUGGUUCGCAGAGUCUGUUUGUGGAACAGCAGAAGGAUUGCGGUCGGACCCUCCCUCCCCUUUUUGUGAAUGGAGAUGAGUCGUGCGUAAAAAAUAAAUAAAUCCGGUUCAUCGCGUCGAGGAGAAGAGCCGUCACUCCUCCACCUGUUGGCGGGUGGUGCUGGCUUUCUCCUGCUGACACCUACUAUGACAUUGGGUUUGGAAAUCAUGGAGGAUAUUGUUAUCGACGUGGUUGGCGAAGGACUCAAGGACAGCGGCGAGGAGCAGCUCUUCCCUUCGGACGAGUCGCUGAGCGAGCAGGAGCGCGGCGCCGAGACGCGCGACGGCCAGAGCGAGGAGCGGGACGCCUUCAGCCCGGACGCGGGGAGCCCCUCUGGGGCCAAAAGCAAAGGUCCCACGUCGGUCAAGCCGCCGUACUCCUACAUCGCCUUGAUUACCAUGGCCAUCCUGCAGAGUCCCAAGAAGCGGCUCACCCUCAGCGAGAUAUGCGACUUCAUCAGCCAGCGCUUCGCGUACUACCGGGAGAAGUUCCCCGCGUGGCAGAACUCCAUCCGACACAAUCUGUCGCUGAAUGACUGCUUCAUCAAGAUGCCCCGAGAGCCCGGCAACCCCGGGAAGGGAAACUAUUGGACGCUGGACCCCAACUCCUCGGACAUGUUUGAGAACGGGAGCUUUCUGCGGCGGAGGAAGCGCUUCAAGCGGCAGCAUUUCCGCUACGACCCGCUGAAGGAGCAGCACCUGGAGCCCAGCGGGCUGCACGGCUUCGCGCACGGCGCCUACGGGUUUGGCGCGGCGGCCCUGCAGCUGCCCGGUCUGGAGAUCUACCCAUACCUCCAUCACCACGCGCACACGCCGUGCGGGCCCGCUGCCAUCCCACCUGUCAGCAGCAUCCUGCCGGCGCUUUCCAGCUUCUUCUCUCGCAGCGCGCUCACGGCCAAGGCUUUCCUGCAGGCGCAGCCCGGGAUGGACGCCUUCUCCCCGGGCCAGUGCACCGCGUACUCCUCCCCGCUGGCGUCCGGCGCUGCGUACGCGUCCCCGGCGCUCUUCCACCCCGCCGCGGCUCCGCACUUCCUCAGUUUGCACCAGGAGUAUCAGAAAUUACAGACUCAGCGUGGCACCGUGGACCUGGCCAAGCACAUCCACGCGCUGGAAACAACGAAUAAUGGCGAGAGACUAUGACGGACUAUGAACUUGUGUUUUCUCAGGUAACAAGAGACAUUUUAAUCAGAACCCUCCAGCGUCGGAAGUGUGAUGUAUCUGCUUUCAAAGAAUCUUCUAGAUAUGUUUUAUUUUUUUAGGGCAAUGAAAUAUGUUUCCACAGACGUGCUUUUAUUUUGAUUUUGAAUCAUCUUACGUUUUUUAAAAGAAUAUUUAAAUGACGAGUUUCCUUAAUUUUUUUCUGGAAAGAAAUAAAAUUGAAUAUUUAAA